AUGAAUGCUAUGAAAUCAUUUCGUGAAGUACUAUCAAAUGCAAAGAAUGUGUUGAUAUUAACUGGCAGCGGAGUUUCUGCGGAAUCUGGUAUUCCUACGUUCAGAGGUGCCGGUGGCUUUUGGAGAAAAUAUCAAGCUCAAAAUCUUGCAACUCCAGAAGCAUUCGAAGCAAAUCCUUCUUUAGUAUGGGAAUUUUACGAAUAUCGUAGAAGAGUAGCAAAUGAAGCUAAACCCAACAAGGCUCACAAAGCAAUAGCAAAUUUUCAAAAUCGUAGAUUGAACGAAGGUAAAAAUGUUACUAUUGUCACACAAAACAUUGAUGAACUUCAUCAAAGAGCUGGAGCAAAAGAUGUAGUAGAGCUUCACGGUUCACUUUAUAAAACUCGUUGUAUAGUUUGUCAUGAGGUUGCUAUAAACAAAAAUAUUCCAAUAUGCCCAGCAUUGGAAGGAAAGGGAUCUCCAGAUCCAAGUAUUAUGAUUUCUGAUAUUGCAAGAGAAGAUUUACCUCGAUGUCAAAAAGAAAAUUGUAAAGGAUUGUUACGGCCGCACAUUGUGUGGUUCGGUGAAAAUUUAAAUGAACAUGUACUGAAGCAAGCCUUUAAAGCUGUCGAAAAUUGUGACAUUUGCCUGGUCAUUGGUACAUCAUCUAUUGUAUAUCCCGCGGCAAUGUUUGCACCUCAAGUAGCACAACGCGGCAUACCUGUUGCUGAAUUUAACUUAGAAGCCACUCCUGCUACGAGACAUUUCGAGUAUCAUUUCCAAGGCCCCUGUACUGUUACUGUAACAGAAGCUUUGGAGGAAUUGUAAUUGUCUAACGUCGUACGAGCAUAAAACUGACAACAUU